CAAUGUAAUCAGGGAAAAGUGAAAGGGAAGAGACUACAAACAUUGUCACAAUCUCCACGAGACAGUGCUCUAGGCCCCUAUGCUGGAGGUGGUUACACUAGUAACAGUGGCAAGUCUGUAAAACUGAUGAGGUGUUCCUUCAAAGAUCUUGAGACAGGUGUAAACCCAGAGAGGGUUGUGCUGGGAAAAGUUGCCUGUACAAUUCCUACUGAUGAUCUUGUACCGUUCACAUUUUGCAUGAUAGAUGAAGAUGAAACAGUGAUGCCAGUCAAUGUUUACAACCUUGCCCAGGGAUCAGGUGUCAAAAUAGGGGACUCAGUUGCUAUCCCAGAACCAUAUAUACAGAUCGUUAGUGUCAAACACAAAGAUAAGGAAUUUUACUACAGAGGUAUACGUGUGAGCACACCUUUAAUAUUGGUUGUGAAUGGUAGAAAACUGGGUCGUGACAAGCAAGUAGGUACAGUGUUGGUGGUGAAUGCUGUAUCAGACUGA